AUGGAAAAGGCCUACGCGAUUUUGAAGGAGACCUUCGGCUUCGACUCGUUCCGUCUCUCGCAAGAACAGGUUAUCAAGCGUCUAGUAGAGGAGAAUGAGAACGCAUUGGUGCUUUACCCAACUGGAGGUGGCAAGAGUCUCACGUUCCAGAUACCAGCCCUCUGCUUUGAGGGCAUCACCUUGGUCAUCUCGCCCCUCAUCGCGCUUAUGCGCGACCAAGUCGACGCGCUCGUGCGGCGCAACGUCAAGGCAGCUAGCCUUGACAGCACUCUCACCGCUGACAAGUCUGCGUGGGUUAAGCAAGAGGUCAUCGAUGGGCACAUGAAGAUGCUAUACGUUGCGCCGGAGAGGUUGAACAACGAGUCAUUCAUUCAGAUGAUGUCCGGUGUCAGGAUAUCCCUGCUAGCUAUCGACGAGUCGCAUUGCAUCUCGCAGUGGGGCGCAUCUUUCAGGCCCGAGUACCUCAAAAUUGCGCGGUUUGCCGAGGAGAUGGAUGUCGAGCGCGUGCUCUGCUUGACGGCUACCGCAACUAAAGAAGUUGCGGACGAUAUUUGCAAGCAGUUCCUCAUCGACCCCCAAAACGGGGUGUUCCGGACCCCAGUGUACCGCCCCAACUUGGCGUUUGAGGUUGAGGUCGCGAGAAACAUAGACGAGAAGCUUGCCCGUCUGAUACCGUUUUUGGAAAGCCGCACUGGGCCGGCCAUCGUUUACGUGACCUUGCAGUCGCACGCUCAAGAUGUCGCGGACGCUCUCAAUAAAACCGGCAUGGGUGCAAUGGUGUAUCACGCUGGUCUCCCAGCCGAGAAGCGCGAGGAAAUACAGAACACCUUUAUGGAGUCUGAACGUGGCAUCGUAUGUGCCACCAUCGCUUUCGGCAUGGGUAUAGACAAGGCGGACAUUCGCCAGGUUGUGCACCUGUUCAUGCCGAAAACUAUCGAAGGUUACUCACAAGAGGUUGGCCGCGCUGGUCGCGACGGCUUACUGUCGACAUGUCUUCUCUUCCUCUCGGCUGCGGAUAUUCCCAUACUUGAAGGCUUCUGUCGUGGCGAUACCUGCCACAAGGAGUCGCUUCUACUCUGGCUCCAGGAAGUCGCUAUGAAGAAGCCGGCCAGGGAUGGAACACUCGAUUUCAAUCUGUAUGAGCAGUCAAAGGUCUAUGAUAUACGUCCGAACGUUCUAAACUUAUGUUACGCCCAACUCGAGCUAGACUUCGGUUACAUCCGCGCGACGACGCCUUAUUACUCCAUCUAUGAGAUCUAUGACUCGAGCGGAUCUGGUGCUGCCUACAUCAACAGGGCGUCCUCGGCGGCUGCGAGGGCAAUUCGCGCACACUGGCGGCCUACGAGUAAAGGUUACACGAUCGACGUAGUGGCUGCGGCGAAAGCGGCUAAUCUGGACCGCUCCGACCUUGCCAAGCAGAUUGGGACUUGGGAGUUGGAGGGGCGCAUCCGGACCAAAGCUUCUCAAGUCCGCGCACGCUACCAUAUCCUCGGUGAACUACCAAAAACGCCAGAUGAUAUACAAACCGUUGUCGACCUGCUCUACGAGGGGAUGGUCAAGAGGGAGAAUGAGGCCGUGGCUAAGCUGCGCGGCGUCACCAAGUUCGCCACCACCGAUGAUUGCCUCGCACAAUCCUUGGCAUCCUACUUUGGUGAUGAGGAUGCCGUUCCCGACGGUAUGUGCGGCCGCUGCACCUUUUGCAAAACAGGCCAAGGCGUCGAUUUCGACCCAACAGCGGAUGCGAAACCCGAUUCUGUCAAGCUACAGGCCAUUCUACGCACCAUUCCCGAUCGAGACGACCCGCGCCUGCUAGCUCGUAUGGCGUUUGGCAUCACAUCACCACGCCUGACUGCAAAUAAGUGGUCUACCUCCCACGAGCUCUUCGGGAGUAUGGUUGACGCCGACUUUGGAGCGCUCGUCGAGGCGUUCGACGCUGAAUGCAAGAAGUCUGGGUACAAAAAGAGUGACGCGCCUCCACCGUCGACGACUGCGAAAAAGCGCACGUACUCACAAGCGGGGUACGAGACGACUAAAUCAGUCAAGAGAAGUUACAGCGGUGGAGGUUAUGGCAGUGGCACGCGUGGCGGGAGCUAUGGGGGCGGCCGCGGCGGGCGAGGAGGCAACAAGAGGGGGAAGUGGUAG